AUGGGAGUCAUCCUUACUCAAAUGUUUACUGGAUAUACAUUUAUGGACAUAUUGCCAUCUAGAUUCAAUGGUUCUGAAACAAACAAAUUCAGUUUGUUUUCCAUAACCCCCAUUAAACACUCAAAACAUUUAAUGGUGUCUGCAUUCAUCGAUCACAGAAUCAAUAAGGCCAUUCGAGUUAUCAGCAUAAUCAGAAGGGACAGUCUGCAGCCUCUUUACUGCAUCUACUGUAACAAUGACGAUAACUGCCAGACUGCUGAGGCUGAAGUCCAGAUACACAGUGACCAUUUUGGUUUUCCAUAUGCAGCUUCAGAUGUUCUGUGUGAUGGUGCACACACUCAAGAUGCAGCAUUUGUAUCCAUUUCAACUAGUAGAAACAUCUCUGCCAUUUAUUCUGAAGAUCUCUUACCAAUUAAGAACACAGUGACCAGGGAAUCAUUUAAGUUCAACUUCAGUGUAUGUAUCUCAAACCUCUUUGGAAGCUAUAAUAAUGUUCUGCAAUUUGUCCAAACCAUGGAAAUGUACAAGCUUUUGGGUGUACAACAUGUAGUGAUCUACAACACCAGCUGUGGUCCUGACCUGGAGAAACUCUUACAGCAUUACAAGAAAGAAGGAAUACUAGAGAUUGUUCCAUGGCCUAUCGACCAUUUCCUUAACCCAUCUAAAGGAUGGAACUUUGUAGAGCAUGGUGGAGACCUCCACUAUUAUGGUCAGUUGGUAAACCUCAAUGAGUGUAUUUAUAGAAACAUGUAUCAGUCCAAAUAUGUUCUUCUGAAUGACAUUGAUGAGAUCAUCAUGCCUUAUAAGCAUGCUAACCUUCCAUUACUGAUGGAGGAUCUUCAACAGGAGCACAGAGAUGUGGGGGUAUUUCUUAUUGAGAACCACAUUUUCCCCAAGACACAAUUUGAGGAAACUGGUAGAUUCAAUCGAUCGGAAUGGAGAGGUAUACCUGGCAUCAAUAUUAUGGAACACAUUUAUAGAGAACCAGACAGAAAAAAUGUUUUCAACCCCAGAAAACUGAUCAUCAACCCAAGGAGCGUGAUACAAACAUCAGUGCAUUCCACCCUGCAACAAUAUGGGGAUGUUUAUUAUGUACCUUUUGAUGUAAGUCAUAUUGUUCAUGUGAGAGUACCACUACAGGGGCAUCUUACCAAAGAACAACUGGCUGUUGACACAAGGGUGUGGGACUUUGAGCAAGAACUGAUAUCAAAUGUUGAUAAGACUCUACAGGCUUCUGAUUUGCUGAAGAUUACAGAUUGA